AUAUACUCCACACCGCGUAGAUUCUGCCGGAUCUAUAUUGUACUUCAAUUCCACAAGUCAAUAUUUCUCUAUCAAUCCUUACCCUACCAACAUAUCAACAGUUCUUUCGUUAUGCCGAAGCACAAGUCCUUCAUAAAAGACACCAAGUCAAAGAAAAAGGCCGCCUCAAAGCAGGCACCUGUGACUGCCGAUGAUUUUCUUGCUGCUGGCGUGGAGCUAGAAGAAGCCGGCGAGAAAUGGCGGGCCGGAGAUGCGGCCAAGUCAAUGCGUUUCUUUAUGCGCGCUAUCACCAACUAUGACGAAGGCCUGCAGAAACAUCCCGGUACCUUCGAUCUAGCCUAUAACAACAGCCCAGUUGCCCGCACCGCAGGGGAGAUCCUGCAGGUAGCAUUGCAGUCCCACCGGGAUGCAUUGGCCCUGGAACAGGACAAUGCUGACGUGUUGUUCAAUUCGGGCCAGGUGCUCACCAGUCUGGCGGAGUCGAUGUCCAACUCCAAGCACCCUGGCGACGAGCAGCUGAUGCAGGCAGGAACCUAUCUGCAAGAGGCCAUUGAGCUGUUUCAGCGGUGUUUGAUGGUGCAAGAGAUGAAGUACACGCAAAUGCAAGAGGAGAUCGAGCAGAUGGAAUCCGGGGAUGUACCACCUUCGGUACCGGAGCCGGAGGCUGUACCACAGCCGGAGCAGGCGCCGACAGGACCCGAAGAGGGGCAAGAGCAGUGGGCGAUGAUUGUUGAGCCCGUCACGAAAAACACACUGGUUGAUACGGCUGUUGCCCAGUUGGAUACUUUGACUACCCUGUGUAACUUGUUGACAUCUAACCCGGGUGCCGGCGGUGUUGGCUGGGUGCAGGAGUAUUCGUCGGAGCUCGUCCAGUCCCGACUGCCUGUUUAUGUCGAAGGUUCAGACAGACAGUAUGAGGCGGCCUUGGCGCGCGCUAAAUUUAUCUGCGCCUUGAACGAUUUGCUUUACCGGGGUGGACAUACCGAUAUCCAAACCUACCAGCAGGAAGUUGGACAGGUCUUCGGGCCCGAGUUGGAUGUGUCUGCGGAUCCGGAAGGGUUGUGCGCAAAAGCAGAAGCGCUCACGUCACUCAACCAGGCACUUUCUGACAUUCCCCUGUCAGAGGAUGAGGAAGCGUUCGAAAGUGCGGUGGCACUGCGCUGGAAAUCGCUCUCGACCGCCCUCGACGCAUUGACGGCUGCAUCCAAACACCCUGAUGCUUAUGACCUGCCCAAAAUCCACAUCGGACGUGGAGAUGCAGAGAUGCACAGAUGGCGUCUUGGGCGAGCUCCGUGGAACCACGCCAUGGCAAAGCAGAACGGUGCUAUGCUCCUGCGCAACGCUCAGACGUACUACCGUGGGGCAGCUGCUCUCGCGCGACGCGACGGAGCCGCAGAGGAAGAACGCGAUGGAACCUGCAAGGAAGCGAUUGCCGCGGCAAUCGAAGGCCAAAACACGAAACUCGAGCAGCUCAAAACCACAGUCCUUCAGCAAGUGGUCGCUGUGGCGCAGGACAUGGUCGAAGAUGGAAUGGUUGAGGGGAUGGAGUUGAGCGCCCUGAUCUCGUGA